UCAACACCAUAGAUUCCCGCACUGCUAAAACCUCUGCAAGUCCAAGACUAAAACCAAAGAGAGCCAAUAUGGAGGUCUUCAAGUCUUCUAUGUGCUUGGUUUCAACACUGGCAAUAGCUCUGAUGGUUGUGAUUAUGCCAGUUCAAGGACAGAUCAGUACCUCGUGUUCUGCUUCGAUGAUUUCCAGCUUCACCCCUUGCAUAAAUUUUGUUACUAAUAGCAGUGGCAAUGGAACUUCACCAACCGCGGAUUGUUGCAAUGCGCUCAGGUCCCUCACAAGCACCAGCAUGGACUGCUUUUGCCUCAUUGUAACUGGAAGUGUUCCCUUCCAAAUACCAAUCAACAGAACCCUCGCUAUCUCCCUCCCGCGUGCUUGUAACAUGGCUAGUGUGCCGGUCCAAUGCAAAGCAACUGGUGCGCCUGUUCCCGCUCCAGGCCCUGCAGCACUUGGACCAACACUCUCUCCUACAGGACCUAGUCCUAAAGCUUCUUCUGUGCCUGAAUCAACAUCACCAGCUCUAGCACCGGAAUCUGACACAACUCCGUCUCUGACUCCAGACUCUCCUACUGCGGAUUCCGAUGCCCCAACCACAACUACAGGAAGCCGCCCAGUUCUGACCCCAUCAGCUGGAAAUCGUCCUCAAAGUCUCUCACCAUCUCUUGUGCUAUUUGUACUUGGAAUUAUAUUCAUCAAGUACUAUUAGGUUGUCGUGUGUAUCUUUUAGUAUUGUGUCAGGGGAGUGAUUAUUGUUUUGGGCUCACAGAGAUCUUUCAGCUUUAUUUGUAUUCAUUCAUGAAAUAAACCGGGAUUCUUUUGUAUCA